GGCGGUAUAAUAACACAUACUUGGGUUGGGUCUUUGGCUGGGUGGAAGAACAGAAGUGGCGUCUAAGCCUAGCCAGCUUACCUUAAAAACAAUUUACACAAAUAAAGAGUCUUCAACCGAGGGAAGUCAAACAAGACCAAGUGAACAAGAAGGAUCAAGAUGACAUCAAAAACUAAAGUCGGAAAAGUUGGUUCCAAAAACAAGGAAGACGCUCCUCAUGAGCUGGAGAGUCAGUUCGUUCUGCGGCUUCCUCAGGAGUACGCCUCCACGGUGAGACGGAUUGCCCAGUCUGGGAGCAUGAAUCUUAAAGACAGACUGACUAUAGAACUGCAUGCUGAUGGCCGUCAUGGGAUUGUAAGAGUGGACCGUGUUCCUUUAGCUUGUAAACUGGUGGAUUUGCCCUGCAUCCUUGAAUCAUUAAAAACAGUUGACAAGAAGACCUUUUACAAGACUGCCGAUAUCUGCCAGAUGCUGGUCUGUUCUCUCGAUGGAGACCUAUACCCCCCUCUAGAGGAGCCCACCGGCACUGCAGACUCCAAAAACAAGAAGAAGGAUAAAGACAAAGACAAGAAGUUUAUCUGGAACCAUGGCAUUACUUGCCCUCUAAAGAACACGAGGAAGAGGAGGUUCCGAAAGACGGCGAAGAAAAAGUACAUUGAGUCCCCUGAUGUGGAGAAGGAGGUGAAGAGGCUCCUGAGUACCGACUCCGAGGCUGUCAGUGUCCGGUGGGAAGUUAUUGCUGAAGAUGAGACAAAGGAAACUGAUAAUAAUUUAUCUCUGUCCAAUCUGGACUCCUCACCUGGAGCCUCUGGACACAAGGGCCAUGGCUCCUCAGCACAGCGCGAUGAGCUGCGGGAGAUCUUCAACGACAUCAGCAGCAGCAGUGAGGAUGAGGAGGACGAGGCUGACCGGCACGAGGACGAAGACCUCAACAUCAUGGACACGGAGGACGACAUAGUCGGCCAGCUCAACGACAAGCUCAACGAGUCUGAUGGCGGGAGGGACGAGAGCGACCGGAACAGCCAAAUUGUGACUGAGUACCAGGUGCAGAUCAACACCAUCAAGGCCAAGCUGCAGGAGACGCGCGCCCGCAAGAAGCACCAGGAAGACCUGAUCAUGAAGGUGGAGAACCAGGCCCUAAAGACUCGCUUUCAGGCACUGCUGAAUGACAUCAUCCAUCAGGAGGAGCGCGAGAUGGAGCAGCUGGCCUCUCUGCAAGAGCAGCUGGACUCAUUGAUCGAGAAAUGACCACGAGAGGGCAGCGCAAUGUCUUACAAGUCUGGCCACUGCUGCUAAAUGAAUGAAACCAUGCCAGAAGCAAGAGUGCUUCAGCUAAAGUCAUUUAUUCUAAUGUAAUCACAUGUCAGUCAGGUCCAAGGUUCACGCCGUUGAUCAUGUUGCGGAGUUUUUGGCCGAGGAAGGUUUUGGAAGGGUGGAAGUGAGAACUUUUGUUUUUGACCUUUUUUUGUUACUGCUGUUUUCUUUUCAAUAAACGAUUAAAAGUGAAACAUCACAUUCGCUUUGCACAGUG